AUGAGGAGAUUUACAACUGGUCUACAAACCCCAAGUAAUAAGUAUUUUUCAAGACCUACGAUAUCGUCAGUUGCAAAAAGUGCAUCAAGGACAGGACGUGCAAGUUCCUUUUUUCGAUCUGGUCCAGGUACUUAUAACGAAACUAGAAACUUGAAGGACAGGGAAGUUCAAAGAACUAUGCAAGCAAAGGUGAUAGAGUUUCUGACUGCAAAUGACUUUCCGUUUCCAAAUCUUGAGAAGAUGGUCAGAUCUCCUACGCGUAGUGAUUUCGCUAAGAUUUUUGAGUUUAUAUAUCAACAUCUCGAUCACCGGUACAUCUUAAAGGGUAAAAUAGAAGACGAGAUGCCACAUCUCUUUCAACUACUGGGAUAUCCAGUACCAUUGAAGCCGUCAACGAUGCAGACCAUUGGUGCUAGCCAUACCAUGCACAUUUUGUUAGGAGCUAUUACAUGGCUGAUUGAUGUUGUUAGGAUAGCAUCCAACUUGCAGCCUCAAGAAUUAUUACUUGCCAGCGACGAUACAGAUGGACAGCGUACAUCACUUGGCUACGGAUAUGUUGUAAAAUGUUACAAACAAAUGAAAGCAAGCAGUGGGUCAUGGACUGAGAGGGAAUUCAAGCAAGAGACAGAAAACUUUAUCCAAAUUCUUGAAGAGAAAGAGGACUUUAUUGCGAUGACUGCGGAACUCACAGCAAAAGAAAAAAAUGUUGAUGAUGAACGCCUCCUUCUUCUAAAAGACCAAGAUGAGUUAAGCAAGUUGCGUGAGGAGUUAGAAACUGCAAGAACUGAUUUAAAAAGUCUCGAGGAGUAUAAAGAACGAGUAAAAGAUGCCAAGAAACAGAUAGAAGAGAAAAAGAAAGCGAUGUUAGACGAGUUGAAUUCCGGUUUAUCGAGGUAUGAAACAAUUAAAAGUAAGGCUGUGGGAGAGCUUACAUCUGACCAAAUACGGGAGCUUCCUGCAAAACGAGAUGAGCUCAAAGGACAUUUUCAACAAAUGACUAUUGAACUGGAGGCUCUUGAGGCCGCUGUAUGUGCUCUCCAACGGGAACUGUUUAAGGAGGGAAGUCAACUUCGAGAGUUAUAUGCUGGCAUGACGAGAGAAUUUGACGACUUACGGCGGUGCUUUGAUACAGCAUCAGAUUCCUUCAUCGCGAAGAUGCAGGAAAGCUCUCCGAACUCAAGUGAUUUCAUCGAAUUUACUGAGGAAAUAGAGGAGCACCUAGGGACUCUGACCAGCCUUGUCAAUAGUAAGGUUACUGCUGUGGAAGAGGAGAAAAUGAGUCUCAAACAAGAAAUAGAGAAAGAGCAUGAACAAACAUUAAAGCGAGAAGACUGGGCAGAUGAAAAGGGGAAGGCCACAUUAAAGUUAGAUGUCGCACAGAAUGAGGUCCAAGCUUUAAAAGAACUUCGUAGCAAUAGGUUACAUGCAUAUGAGGAGUUGGCGAAAUGUGAGAAAGAACAGCAGGCUCAGCGGCGAAAGAUAGACAAUAUGAUGAAGGAUGUAGUCCUAGAUGUGACUGGGAAGUUGGCUGGAGUGGUUAAACUUUGUCAAGCGUGUAGGUUGGGACGAGAAAGAAUGCGCCACGACGAGUCGGUGUUGCGUUGUGCUAUUGACGAAUACAUAGAAAAACAGCAUUUGCUUUCUAAGCUAAAUGAUACUGAACCAGUCCAGUAA